UUCAUAUUAUUCAGUAUUUAUUUAUUUAAAGUUCUCUCGUCUCUGGCUCUCUCCCUGCGCUUCUGUUCUCUUCUGCGGCUCACCAUUUUCAAUGGCUACUCUUAGCAUCACCGCCCAUAAACUCCCUUCACUCACCAAAUCCAUCGCAGAAUCCCAGAGACCUAACUUUCCUCCAUCUAUGCUCUCCGCCCAAGUCUUCACCAAGUCCAACCCAUUAAGCAAUUUCAGCUUUUCAACCCGUAAAAGGAGCUGUGUCAUUUGGUCGGUCACAGAGGACCGAGAGGUUGUUCCGGUGAAGGAGAAUCUUAAUAUUGUCAAGGAUGAAGAAAGCCGGUUGUUACUAAAUGGGUCUGAAGAACUUCAGCCUCUUUCUACUUCUGAGGGGAGAGAAGAGGAUGAUGAUUUUGAUAGGUUGGUUAGCAAAGCUAUCAAUGCCUCUAUUGUUCUAGGAUUUGGGACCUUCGCCGUCAGCAAGUUGCUCACCAUUGACUAUGAUUACUGGCAUGGAUGGACCCUUUAUGAGGUACUAAGGUAUGCACCCGAACACAAUUGGAUUGCCUACGAACAAGCUCUCAAAGCAAACCCUGUUUUAGCCAAAAUGGCAAUAAGUGGGAUUGUGUAUUCUCUAGGAGAUUGGAUCGCCCAAUGUUAUGAAGGAAAGCCUCUUUUCGAGUUUGACCGGACACGCAUGUUCAGAUCGGGCCUUGUUGGGUUUACUCUCCACGGUUCCCUUUCUCAUUAUUACUACCAAUUUUGUGAGGCUCUUUUUCCAUUCGAAGAUUGGUGGGUGGUCCCUGCUAAAGUUGCCUUUGACCAAACAGUGUGGGCAGCAGUUUGGAACAGCAUCUAUUUUGUGGUUUUGGGGUUCUUGCGUUUUGAAUCUCCAACCAAUAUUUUUAGUGAACUAAGGACUACAUUUUGGCCGUUGCUUACUGCAGGGUGGAAGCUUUGGCCAUUUGCCCAUCUGAUAACCUAUGGUCUUAUCCCUCUUGAACAAAGGCUUCUUUGGGUAGACUGUGUGGAGCUCAUCUGGGUUACCAUACUGUCAACUUAUUCAAAUGAGAAAUCAGAAGCACGAAUAUCUGAGGUUUCAGUGGAAGCAAACCCUUCUUCAUCCAGUAGUCCUAAGGUGGAAGAAAGAAGAAAUUUCCAAACAAGGCUUACUCGUCUUAUUGCACGCCCAGGAGUUUCUUGGGCCUGAGGCCCAUUAUACUGCACACGUGGCCUCACUGACAAACAAAAAGUCAUCCCCCACCUGAAAAAGCCUGUAACUUGAGCCAAAUGGCGAAACUGGAAGCUCUGGACGAACCCAAGGACGAGAAGGCCACCGCCAUCAACAAGAACAAGCACAAGAAGUGGAAUGACAGAUCAACGAAAUUAUUCGUCUUCGUUGAUUACCUUUUCCUCCUCGUAUUCUUCGGGUUUCUCUGCUUCAUUCUUUUCAAGAUUGUUGGCAUUUGAUUCCUAACGAAGUCCCGUCCCAUAUUUCCUUUAGCCAGGUUUACCCUUGAAUCCCAUUUUUCGUGCUUCGCGUAUAUUAUGAUUUUUCUUGACUAAGUGGUCAAAUCCAUGAUAAUUUUGUGUUGUUUUUCCUUUUCCUUCUGGGUAGAGAUGAUUCAUUAAGAAUUUAAUUGGAGGAGAAGACAAAUCCCAGUUUAAAUUUGUUGCAUUUAAAGAUAUGAUUGUGAUGGUGUAUAGAUAGUUAUAUAGAGUUGACCUUGAAUUUGUAUGUUCAUUAUAGUUGGACCGUAAGAACGCUAUUUAUUUAUUCUCAUUUUGGUCAUUAAAAUGGUACGCAUUUGAUCUCAAAAUUGCACUUGGAUGUAAGAGAAACGGAUGUCUUUUAUCGGCGCGACCUCAUUAAUAGAUAACUAUUUUUUUUCUUAAUGUAUGUUUAUGGGAUGUAAAUUGAAUAAACAAUUGUAACCGUGCAAACCAUGAUGAGUAUUGCUAUAUUACUUUUUUUUUUUUUUUUUGACCUAUUUGUGAAGUUUUGCUUAAAACUUGGAUUCUUCUUGAGCAUUUUGCAGUUGUUUUAUGUCCUUGAAAAUUGCUAAAAUACAGUGCAAUUAAUGGAUAAAAUAUGCUAAACAGGUUGAUUAGUUUAAUUAAGAAAGCAUUUUCAGCAUUAUUAUAAGCCAAUUGAAGGUUUCACAUCUAUUUUGUGGCUCCUGUGAUUCAUUUAUGAUGCGUUUCUUGAUUUCAUAUACUUCUGCAGGGCAGGGAAAGUGAUUGGCACAUCUAGGUUCCAGUGUUAGAUUGAGUUCCAAGCUUGAAGGCACUUGCAGGUGUUGUUGCUUUGGUCAGAUUGAGACCUUGCGACUUAUUUUUUGAUUAGUAGAUUAUGUGAUUUAUUUAUGAUGCCUUUCUUGAUGUUGAGGAAUCCUGUGCCCUUGUGAUCAUAGAAGUUUUGAUACCUUCUUUUUAUUCCAUCUGUUCCCGUCCCUCAUUUUAUGAUGGAUAGAAUUAGUAAUGAAAUUAUUUAUUGACAUUA